AUGAAACAAAUCUGUUUUACAAUUAAUACUCGCCCAUUAGUAAUAGAUGACACGAUUGUUAUUGCAGAGAAAAAGACUAAACAUGAACUUGAUCUAUCAAUUCUUUCACCUGUUUACAAAACAAUUCAUCAUCCAGAUGGAAGCUUUCGGUCAGUAACUAAAAGUUAUCAACACUUAUUGAUACAUCAACAUCCAAAUUUAUGUUUAUUUAAUAGAGAACUGAGCAUAGUCAAACAAACGUUAUGGCCUUAUGGUGCAAUUUCGGACAUGUGCUGGUCAUCAACAUCAGAUCGAUUCAUUGUACUUGAAGUGAAUAACAUGUUUCUCAUAAACGAAGAUACAAUGUCAAUUCAUAAUGUGUAUACAAUUAAAGAACAAAAGUGGUGA